GGUUUGAUUUGCUUUGAAGGUUCUAAACAGCUCGUGAUUUGGAACCCUACUAUGAAACGAUUCUUCACUUUACCUGAGCCUCAAGGCACCGGAGACGAAUACUACGUAGGAGGGUUUUUGGGAUAUGAACCGGUUGAGGGUAAAUACAAAGCAUUGUGCAUUGUCAGAGGAUGGAACACUCAAGUUCUUACAUUGGGAGUUCAAGAAUCAUGGAGAGUAGUAACCAAAGGUGGCUUUGUCCAUUGGCCUACUAAAGACACUGGACGAUGCAUUAAUGGAGUAAUCUACUAUAAAGCUUUUGAUAUGGCUCCAAGGCAUGUUAUAAUUGGCUUUGAUCUCAGAUAUGAAGAGUUUAAACUGAUUGAGUUUCCGAUGCGUGAUUAUGACUGCUUUCUUAUGGUAUCUUAUGAGGGAAGGUUGGCUUUGAUAAGUUCCACUAGUUCUGUUGUUGAAAUAUGGAGUUUGGAGGAUGCAGGGAAUCGAAAAUGGUCGUAUGGACAGUUUCAUUUAAGUCUUUCUCCUAACAAAUAUCUGAAGUGGUUGGAUCUUAAGGGUGUUACUGAUGGUGGUGAGCUCAUUUAUACAGGAAUGAGUUUGAAUGAAUCGUUCUGUGUUGUGUAUUUUGACCCGAAGAAAAACAGUAUAAGAGAAACUAAGUUUCGAGGAAUCACGGGUAACGAGAUUUGGCAACCUGAUAGACUUGGAUUUGAUCUUGUGAAUGACUUUUAUGUUUUACCAAAUCACAUUGAGAGUUUCAUUUCAUUUUAAGAGCUUGCAUGAGUGUUCUUUAGAUCCUUUUUGUAACCACUGAUUGAUUGAUCCCAUUGGAGAUCCCAAUAUGUUUUAAUCUGGAUACUUUAUAAACAAGCUAUGGUUGGUACGUAAUAGAAGAAAACUAUACAUAGAGUGAUAGAGAGACUGUAAUAUGUGUUUAAGAUUGAACCUAAGAUUCUUCUGUUCUAUGUCUAGCAAUUUUCAUGUGAUCCUUUUCUCAAAAAUAGAAAAGAGAUUUCUUG